AGAAUAACACGGACCCAAACGGCAGGGCGAUUGCGGCUAACCAAGCUAGUGGGGGAGAAAUGGCUGAUACCAUAGCUGAUACAAGGAGGCUAUUCUCCAAGCCUCAGAACUUGAACGACGCGUAUGGACCCCCAAGUAACUUUCUAGAGAUUGAUGUGAGCAACCCUGAAACGGUCGGUGUCGGGAGGACCAGGUUUACCACGUAUGAAAUAAGACUGAAGACCAACCUGCCCAUCUUCAAGCUGAAGGAGUCUCGUGUGCGGAGAAGGUACAGCGACUUUGAGUGGCUCAGAGGGGAGCUGGAGAGAGAUAGCAAGGUGGUGGUCCCCCCUCUCCCCGGGAAGGCUCUGUUCAGACAGCUUCCGUUCCGAGGGGACGAUGGGAUAUUUGACGAUUCCUUCAUCGAGGAGCGGAGAGCUGGGCUGGAGCAGUUCCUCAACAAAGUGGCUGGUCACCCUUUGGCUCAGAACGAGCGCUGCCUGCACAUGUUUCUACAGGACGAGUCUGUGGACAAGACCUAUACCCCCUCCAAAAUACGACAAGCCUAAGAGCAGGACCACCACUCGGCCCGGCCCACAACCCAAAGCUCUCUCUACUGCUAACGGUCCUACUCUGCUCUGACCAAAAACACUUCUAUGAUCUUCACUCUUUCAUUUGUAAUCACUUUCUUUCUGUCUUUUUAUUUCCGUUUGAUUAAUGAUCUCAUGUAAUGCUCGUUUUCAACUCUCGAUUGGAUGAAACUAAGAAAUGGUCUCGAUGUAAUUGUGGUUGAAAAUCAUUUAUUUUGUUUUUUGUUUUUUUUGUCUCAAAAUACCACUAACUUUGGUAUUUUACAUUUAUCUGUAUUUAUCAGUUAGGUAUGUCUUGGAUAUUUUAAUUUUAAAGAAAUAUAAAAAAUACCUUUCCAUGUAUGCAAACCUCAUGUUUAAACCCCAUACAUUACGCACUGUUUCCACUCAAUGUCCAAUUGGAAUGAUUGUCCUCACCGCCAUAACUGCGACUUCACACACUUUGUAGAUGAUGCCUGACUCUGAAAAUCACACAUUUCUGGACGGUCCCCUGACUCUGAAAAUCACACUUUGUGGAUGGUCCCCUGACUCUGAAAAUAACACUAGACAGUCCCUGAAAAAACGAGCUCAGACUGGGGGAAAUAUAAUGACGUCAGUGAUAUUCUGGUCGGAGCUCUAGGAUAAUGCCAGAGAUUCCGACCGGUAUUUCUGUGUUGGAUGACUGUUAAAAAAAUAAAAAAUCUAUUUAAAAAAAAAUCCCAUUUGGCGCUUGCAGUCCCAGUUGUCAUGAAUGCACUUAAAUCGGAGCUUUCCGAGUUGUCUUGUACGCACCGUCAGUGUGUACUACCAGCCAGCACUUCCCCUGUUAGUUAGCCUGUAAAUUAUUUUCUAAUGAGGAAGAAAUGCACCACAGAGGGGAACCCCACAGAAUUUUUCUACCGACUGACCGUGCAUGUGCGUUUAUGACGUUUGUAUACUGCUGUGCCAUUUUGUUUAUUUUGAAAGUUUUUCAAUAAAACAGGUCAAACGCACUCAUACGCAUGAGGUGGUGAUGCGUUGUCAUGUUUUCCUGAAUAAAGAUUUCAGUGAAUACACA